UUGGUAGAUAAAAGAGGGUGUUGGCGGCACGGAAAGCGUGGAUGCGGGAGAGAUGGGAGACGAAAAGGUGAAGAAUGAAGCAAUGGAGAUAAUGGGAAUGUUCCAAGUGCUGCCUCGUCUCGUCGUCUUCGAUCUCGAUUAUACUCUCUGGCCUUUUUAUUGUGAAUGCCGCUCCAUAAAUGAAAAACCAUCUAUGUAUCCUCAGGCCAAAGGUAUCUUACAUGCCCUCAAGGACAAGGGAGUUAAUGUUGCUAUUGCCUCACGAUCACCCACUCCAGACAUAGCAAACGCUUUCCUUAAAAAAUUGGGGAUAAAACCAAUGUUUGUAGCUCAGUUGACUUCCUCGCAACCCCUCUUUACAUGGUCGAGGAGUGGGAAUAGUAGGUUGGAAGAGAGAAAGACAAAGAAAAUAGAGAUAUUCUCCAGUUGGACACAUAAGACAGAACACUUUCAGAAAAUCAACCGGAAGACGGCGGUGCCCUAUAAUGACAUGCUGUUUUUUGAUGAUGAAAAUCGGAACAUACAGGCGGUUUUAAAAAUGGGUGUCACAAGCAUAUUAGUGGGCAAAGGGGUAAAUUUAGGGGCUUUCAGGCAAGGACUCUCCGAGUUUGUUCAGAAUUCUGCUUCAGUGGAAAAGAACAAAGAACGAUGGCGCAAAUUCUCAAAAGAACCAGGUUCAUCUAAAAGCGACACAUAAUGAUGUCCCCAGCAUAAAAAGAAAGAGACAGGUCUCGUAUGAUAUACAGCACUCUGGAUAGUGGAAAAACAUCUUCAUUUGCAAUGAGUCAAAUAUUAGAAAAGGCUUUUAGUUGGUGAGCUGGAGGAAUAGAUUCAAAGAGCAAUGCUAUGAUGCGAUUUUUAGUCUCAGAAUUCUGGCCGCCAUGGCCAUCACCAUGCUGGUACAUGCAUUGUGCCAUUCUUGCUAGGUUCAUAGCACUCGUAACAAACAUCUUAGGGAAGGGGUGUGCUGCUACAUUAUGAGCUUCGUUCAGUUUCUUCCACGUCUCACUAAUCAAAAGCUUAAUAUGUUGUCGAGCAUCU